AUGGGCGUCCCCGGUGGUAAGAAGAGGAUCACUAUCAUUGCGGUCUCGUCGGUGCUCCUGGUGGCCAUGGUUAUCUGUGGGGUGGUUGGUGUUAUCCAAUACAAAAAACAAGAGCAACGCGGAGGUGGAGGCGGAGGCGGAGAUGAAGACGGAGACACUAACUCCGGAGAUAAAAAUGCCUCCCAUACAUCAAAGACAAUUGUAGCCAUUUGUGAGCCCACCAACUACAAACAAGAAUGUGAGAAGAGUCUGGAAAAUGAGGCCACCGGAGACAAGAAAGACCCGCAAGACCUUGCAAGAGUCGGGAUUCAGGUGGCCAUAAGCAAACUUGAUGAGGUUUUAAAGAACUCCACACUCUUGAAAAAUAAAGGCAAAGAUCCCAUGACCCAAGAAGCUCUCAGUAUCUGCAGGCAGUUGUUGAAUGCUUCUAUGUAUGAUUUGAAAAUUUCUUACAAUAAAAUGUGUGCAUUAAAUAUGGAAAAGGUUGAUCAAUACGCAGAAGAUGUGAGGGUUUGGUUGAGUGGGGCUGUUAAUCACCAAGAGACUUGCGUUGAUGUAUGUCAGAACACAACCGCUGAUCUCGGCAAGCAAAUGAAUGAAACUUUGGAGUUACCUCAAGAACGCGCUAGCAAUGCACUUGCCAUGGUCAGCGAACUCACUGCCGCCUUGAACUCUCUUAAUUUCCAGGCCAGCAGACGACGGCUCCUGGCCUCAUCGCCCCCAUCCAAGAACAAGAAUAAUGAUCAACAUAUGCAGCAAGGCAGCCGAACCCAACAGAUCCCUGCUUGGCUCACUGGUCGUAAGUUGGAUCUUCUGAAAGCCACGCCAGAGACCCUUAAGCCGAACGUGACGGUGGCCCAAGAUGGGAGCGGUAAGUACAAAACCAUCAACGAAGCUCUGAAGCUGGUCCCGGAGAAGAGCGACGACUUGUUUGUGAUUUACGUGAAGGAGGGAGUGUACAAAGAAUAUGUGACGAUUGAAGGUAUGAUGGAAAAUGUUGUGAUUAUUGGUGAUGGCCCUGCUAAGACCAAGAUCUCUGCUGUAGUUGGAACAUUUUUUGUUGCCAAGGACAUAGGGUUUGAGAACACAGCCGGAGCUGAAGGGCACCAAGCGGUGGCGCUGCGUGUUCAAUCGGAUUUCUCCAUCUUCUACAAUUGCCGCAUUGACGGGUACCAAAACACCCUAUACGUCCAAGCCUACAGGAAUUACUUCCGGGACUGCAACAUCACUGGCGCAGUUGACUUCAUCUUCGGCGACGCAGUCUCUUUCUUCCAGAACUGCAGUAUGCUGGUGAGGAAGCCAAAGGACGGCCAGGCCGCCGUGGUCACAGCCCAAGGAAGGACAGACAAGAAUGAGGUCACCGGGAUCGUGCUCCAUAACUGCACCAUCAGCGGCGACCCGGAGAACAAGGAUAACAAGUACAAGGCAUACCUAGGUCGACCAUUGAAGAGCUUCGCAAGAACCAUCGUCAUGCAGUCACAGAUCGGUGAUGUGAUUCAGCCUGAAGGGUACCUGCCUACGGAUGGCGAAAGGUUCCACAUGACGUCAUUAUUCGGAGAGUACAACAAUACGGGAUCUGGUGCUGACAUGUCCGGCAGAGCCAAAUGGCCUAGCAUCAAGAAGCUUGAUGCUAAACAAGCUAAAGCCUACAGCGGUGGAAAGUGGUCUGAGGGUGAUAGGUGGGUUAAGCCCAGCGGAGUCCCAUUUGUUUCUGGUAUGAUGGAAGGUUAA